CUUAUCAUUUCCAUUUCUUCAUUCAUAAGGAAUUGAUUGAAACUCAUCAUAAGUCAUAACUGAUAAUGAUAAAUUCCCCUAUAGAUUUCAAUUUAUAUUGUGACCCUUAGACAUUGAUCACACAAACUUAGAAAGAAAAAGGAAAAAAAAGAUGUAUGUAACUAGACCUUUAUCUAUGUACAGAAAAUCUCCAAGUAGUUUAGAGAUUCCAGCACCAGAUGCACCAUAUUCAGGUUAUCUAGUAAUCACAGAUGAAGAAGCAGAAUAUGAAGAUACUUGUUGUUGGCGUAUAUGUCGCCGGAAGAAUGUGAAGAAACUACCUUUCCCUCAAGAUAAAAUGUUCUCAGUUUUUCAUCCUUCUGAGAAUGAACAAACUUCAAGAAUUAAGGUUUGGUUUCUUCCUGUUCCUGAUCAUUCAUUGUCUUCCAACAGAUACUAUGUAAUCAGAGCCAAAGGCAGACAUAAAGGGAAAGCAUACAAAUGUUCAAGAGAAGGUGACAUAGUGAGUUGUUGCUUUAGCAACAUCUUGAAUGAUAAAAGUCCAAAGCCAUUCAAUCUAAAAGACUUAUACCAAAUUUUCAAGAUUCAUACUCAUCAAAGUAGUGGAUUCUUUGCAAAGUCUAUUACACCUGAUGGAAUUGCACCAAAAUUCUUAAGAAAAAAAGGAUGGAAAGUUAGAAUUUCAGGUUCAUAUAGAUCUUGCAAACUAAAUGAAGCUUUAGGUGUUGAUGUUCCUCUAAGAGAAAAAUUUCCAAGUUUCAAUUUUCCUAUUUCAAGAAAACAUUCACCACCUUUGGUUGUAGGAAAAUGGUAUAUUCCAUUUAUUUUUGUGAAAGAGAAUGGAAGAAAAGUCAAACAUCAAAUGAAAAAGUCAAUGUUUUAUAGUAUGACAUUACAACAAAAAUGGGAAGAAAUUUAUUCAUGUGGAAGAAAUGAACAUGAAAAUGAAAAUGGAAAUGGAAAUGAAAAUGAUGUUGUGAUUGUGAAUGUUUAUGUUGAAAGAGAAAAAGUAUUGAUAUGUGGAAUGGAAGCUACAAAGAAUGGAAGAGUUGAUAAUAAUGGUUUUAUGUGGUUUAGAGUGAGUAAUCCUUAUAAUAAGAGAAGGGUUAGUGUUGGAUUAAGCUCAGCAAUUGUUGAUAAUAUGAGAUGGGUGGAAGAGCAAGGUGGUUGGGUUUAUGGUGAAGGGAAAGAAAGGGUUGUGACUGUGAAAGAAGAGGUAACAUGUCAAAGUGAAUGGAAUAGGUUUGCAUGUUAUGUUUUGGUGGAAAGUUUUUGUGUUAGGACAUUAGAUGGGAAAUUGGUUUUGAGGUAUGAUUUUAAGCAUACUCAUAAGAUUAAGUGCAAAUGGGAGUAAGAAUUAAGGGUUGGAUUUUCACUUUUUAAAUUGGUAAUACAUCACUCUCUAUUCAAAAGCAACUCAACUAUAAUUUUUGCGAAGCAAGAAAUCGGAGAAGUGGACAGAUGCGCAGCCCAAACAUGAUAACAAAUCGAGGUUUAAAGAAAUGUUAUUUGGACAACUUUUUUAUUAUUUUAAAAGGUUUGGAUAUGAUGUUGGUUUUUUUAUUGUUUUUUCUUUAAGUAACCUUAACCGUUAUUAUUAUAAGUAAUGUAUUUGAUUACUCAAUAUGGUUUAGACAAGAAUUUGAAUGGUA